UGGCCUGCCCUAGUUUCAGUAUUUUUCUCAGAAUUUAUUUGGUGCACAAGCACCGGUUGUCAAUAUAAUUAUAAUUACAUUAAACCCUCCUAAAACAAGCAAAUCAACGGCAAUCGAAUAUCUCAACGGGCUAAUAAUAAACGCCAGAGAGUGGCGCACAUCCGCCAAUUGCUCAACAUCAAGCGAGGAAAACACGGCGGAAAAAUGGAUCUGCUAGACUCAAUACUCAACGCCAUGGAUGCACCGCCUGCCAACAACGAGCAACAGAAGUCGCUGAUCAAGAAACAGCGCGAAAUGAUGGAGCGGAUGCAGAACAAACAGAAGGAGGAGCUCCUCCGAUUCCGAAAGUAUGUGGACGAACGGAUGGGACGAUUCGCCAAGGACGACAGGCGAUGCAUUGAGUUCCAGCCGCUGGAUAAGGUGCAUCGCUCGGUCAUCCACGAAGUAGCCGAAAAUGGUGGAUUCAUUGCCAUGAGCUUUGGGCGCGAGGAUGUGGACCGACAUUCGGUUGUGUACAAAAAGGAGCACGCUCCUGGCGAAGAUGAGGUCACGGCCCGUCGGAACGGUGAUGGCUGGAACGAAGAGAUAGCCAAUGAGUACGCGGAGCGACGGCGAGAACGAUUGGCGCAGGAGCAAAGUGACAAAGAAGCCUCCGCAUCCGAAGCAGCAAGUUCCGCCUCGUCCACAUCCGCAGCCGCGGAUCAGGACUCUGCCGAAGUUAAGCCCACAACCAACUACAAGGCCAAGUAUGCACACCUCAUCGGGGAGUCGGCCGCAUUGCAGGCGGCUCGUAAGACGGAGACCAACCAAAGCUACGGAUUCGUGCCCAGCAAGAACAAGAAGGAUGUGCGCUCCAUCGAACAAACUUUGGCCGACAUCCAGGCCAAAAAGCGUCUGCGAUUAGCUCAGCAGCAGGAGCUAGAGCAGGAGCAACUAGCGCAAGACGCAACCACAUCCACAGAGGACCCAUGAGUCGGCUGCGACCCAAUUAGUAUACAGAUAGCUCACUUAAUGCAGGACUGUCGGAACCCAAAAUGAUAAUACUUUGUAAGGGCAUCGUAAACAACCAUAAAAAGAGAAUCAGGCAUGAUAUACUCAUCUUGUUCCUGCUCGAUAAUAUUUGACAAAACAAGGCAUUGACCAACUUUAUGGAGCCAACGAUUUUUAAAAUGUUGGUAAUUUUUACGAUCUGUUUGCUCAGAAUAAUCAUAUUUGGUAAAAGGAUAAAGGCUUGAUAAUAAUUUUUAUCUUAGAAUAACCCCAUUAAAAUGUUUUCCCCAAAAUUCCCUAUUUUUGAGUUAUGACAGCCUUGUAUCGAGUGAGAUUAGUUUUGUUGAUUCAGAUAGUCACAUGAAAGGUCACUGACUGCCAUGUAAAUUAUAUGUAAUAAGCAAUUUAAUUUGUUGGCCAUUCAGGAUGCGAAAGUUGUAAAUGUUUUAAGCAAGUUAUGUGUCCGUAGCAGCGUCCAAAUCGCAAUAUCUAUUUAUAUAAUAAAAACUUAAAAAACGU